CAAUCGGCCGGCCUUUUGCAUCUCUGUCUCUCUCUCUCUCUCUCAGACACAGCUUGGAAGUUUCCACCUCCGCCAUAUCGAUACGGGAGACGCUCUCUCUCUCUCGAUGUUCAGUUGGAGAAAAACAAAAAAAUCAAGAAGCAGGACUCCGAGAUUUCCCACAAAAUCCAACGAAGAACUGAAUCACAGCCUCUCCAGUCACCACUCAAACCGAUCAAGUUCUCGUUAAUGAAGGCCACCAAAGCCCUCAACCCCUCUGUCAUCACCUUCGACCACAAGAGGGACGCCUAUGGGUUUGCUGUGAGACCUCAGCAUGUACAAAGAUACCGUGAAUAUGCUAGUAUCUACAAGGAGGAAGAGGAAGAAAGAUCAGAUAGGUGGAGGUCUUUUCUGGAAAGGCAAGCAGAGGCAGCUCAACUACCUGAAAAUGGAUUAUCAACCGAAGAAGACAAAAAAACCAAAGAUGCUGGAGCGUCAGAACAAGAAGCAGACACCAGCUCGGGGAAGGUAGUUGAAGGAGAUGACUUAAGUAGCCAGAAGCUUGGUUCAAAUGAUUUGGCUGAAAAUGGUGCCAGAAAGGAGGAGUUGCCUUCAGCUAAGGAGACAAAAAUUCACAAGGCCCAUAUUUGGACUGAGAUUAGACCCUCUCUUUGUGCCAUUGAAGACAUGAUGAGCAUUCGUGUAAAGAAGAAAACCAAUUUAUUAAAAUAUGAACAAUGCACUGGAAGUGGAAAGCCACUUGCUUCUCCCAUUGAGGAGGCUAGAUCCUCUAAAGGAGCAUCUGAGGAGGAUUCUGAGGAUGAGUUUUAUGACGCAGAGAGGUCUGAUCCUAUUCAAGAUGUUCCUCAGAGUGAUACUGUCAGUGCUCCUGCUACUGUUGCUGCUACUGAUGUGAUCCCUCCAGACUUAUUGUUUCCUUGGAAAGAAGAGUUAGAAGUUCUUGUUCGCGGUGGAGUGCCUAUGGCUCUCAGGGGGGAGCUUUGGCAAGCUUUUGCGGGUGUGAAGUCACGUCAUGUCGAGAAGUAUUACCAGGAUCUUCUAGCUCCAGAAAGUUAUUCUGGCAAUAGCACGGAACACAAUGGCAAGCAGUUGGACAAUAACAGUGAAGGAUUAACUACAGAUGCUGUAUGCAUUCCAGAGAAAUGGAAAGGGCAAAUUGAGAAGGAUUUGCCUCGAACAUUCCCGGGCCAUCCUGCUCUUGAUGUGAAUGGUAGAAAUGCUUUGAGGCGCUUACUUACAGCAUAUGCUAGACAUAAUCCCUCUGUUGGGUACUGCCAGGCCAUGAAUUUCUUUGCUGGCUUAUUACUUCUUUUGAUGCCUGAAGAAAAUGCUUUUUGGACCUUGCUGGCACUAAUUGAUGACUAUUUUGAUGGCUAUUACUCAGAGGAAAUGAUAGAGUCUCAGGUUGACCAACUUGUUUUUGAGGAGUUGGUGCGAGAGAGAUUUCCAAAAUUGGUCAAUCAUCUAGAUUACCAGGGAGUGCAGGUGGCUUGGGUUACUGGACCGUGGUUCCUUUCCAUUUUUAUGAACAUGCUUCCAUGGGAAAGUGUUCUUCGAAUCUGGGAUGUGCUUCUUUUUGAAGGAAACCGGGUCAUGCUAUUUAGGACGGCACUUGCUUUGAUGGAGUUAUAUGGCCCUUCUUUAGUUGCAACGAAGGAUGCUGGAGAUGCAGUUAGUUUGCUGCAAUCACUGGCUGGCUCAACAUUUGAUAGCAGUCAACUUGUGCUGACUGCUUGCAUGGGUUACCAAAAUGUAAAUGAAACUCGAUUGCAAGUCUUGAGAAAUAAACAUCGACCAGCAGUAACAACUGCACUUGCAGAAAGAUCAAAGGGGCUUCAAGUUUGGAGGAAUUCUCAGGGUUUGGCAUCUAAGUUGUAUGGGUUUAAGCAUGAUCCUAAAUCAAUGAUAAUAGAAGCCAAUAAAACAGAAAAAUCGCUUGAUGCACAAACAAAUGGUAGUUUAUCUCGUUCAGAGUCUGGGUCCACUAAUGCAGAUGAAAUCAUUAUUAGCCUUACUGGGGGUGAAGAGAUCGAUUCUGCCAAAGACCUUCAAGAGCAGGUGGGGUGGUUGAAGGUUGAAUUGUGUAAGUUGCUGGACGAGAAAAGAUCAGCUGUACUCAGAGCCGAGGAAUUGGAGACGGCUUUGAUGGAAAUGGUCAAGCAGGACAAUCGGCGGCAAUUGAGUGCCAGGGUUGAGCAGUUAGAGCAUGAGGUUUCUGAACUUCGCAGUUCCCUUGCAGAUAAGCAGGAACAAGAAAAUGCUAUGCUUCAGGUCUUAAUGCGGGUAGAGCAAGAGCAAAGGGUAACAGAAGAUGCCCGCAGGUUUGCUGAGCAAGAUUCAGCAGCACAAAGAUUUGCUGCUCAAGUGCUUCAGGCACCUACGUGGAUUUCAAGACAGAGAUAUGAGGUGUGGCAAGCAAAUCCAUUAGUAUCAGACUACCGGUUGCAAAAAGAAAAGUAUGAAGAGGCCACUGUUUCACUUUCUGAAAUGGAGAAGAGAGUGGUUAUGGCAGAAUCAAUGCUGGAGGCUACCUUGCAGUACCAAUGUGGCCAAGUUAAAGCACAACCCUCUCCACGAUCUUCACACCCAGAUUCUUUAACAGUAGGAAGCAAUCAAGAGUCUACGCAAGAUCUGCCUGCAAGAAAAACUGGCUUGCUAGCUCGCCCUUUUGGACUUGGCUGGCGAGAUCGGAACAAGGGGAAACAAACUAACAUUGAGGAGCCAAUUGAUGGUGGAAAAUCUACCAGUGAGGGACAGAGUCCCAGUCCACAAUGUCAGUUCAGGUAGCAGCAGAUAGAUUUUAGUUUUCUUAUCUUUAAAUUUGAUUAGACACCUUCAUUGAGCACAUAGCCAUUCAUUAUUUGUUUGUCCAUUAAAUAGUUGUAAUAAUAGGACAGUGAAGUAAGAAAAAACAUCAGAUCGGUGGUAACGUAAUUGUAUAAUCUUUGCAAAUUUGCAAUAGUAUCUUGUGUUGCUUGCUUCGACCAAGCUUGAAGUUUCUAGGAACAUGUUUUCCUGCACUCUCUGCAUAUUAGUUGGCAACCGUAUAAUAUUUAUAUCCAGUGUCUUGUAUUGCUUCA